GGUCUCUUGGUGCUGACUCGGCCUUCCGCCGGCGCGGAGGGUGGGCGCUCCGCGGGGCUCCCGGGGCGGCCGGGAGGGGGGACGGAGGGUGGGCUGUGGGGCCGAAGCCGCGGGACCCGCGCAGGCCGCGGCGGUUGGAGCCGCAGUGGCUGUUGGGUGUGUGGGGGCGCACGGAGGGGCGCACGGAGCGGCUGUGACGCCUUCAGCGCUCGGCCCGGGAGAAAAGGCCGCGGAUAGAGCGGCUGUGCGGCCUUCACCGCCCGCCCCGCGGCUGCUGCGGAGGUGCGGAGCGCGGUGAGGCGAUGAAGCUCGUGAUUCUUGCUGCGUUUGCCCUCUUUUAUGUGGCCCGCUGUGAGGAGGGUGCCAGGCUGCUGGCCUCCAAGUCUCUGCUGAACAGAUACGCAGUGGAGGGCAAAGACCUCACGCUGCAGUACAACAUCUACAAUGUUGGCUCCAGUGCUGCUUUAGAUGUGGAGCUGUCGGAUGAUUCCUUCCCCCCGGAGGAUUUUGGCAUUGUCUCUGGGAUGCUCAACGUCAAGUGGGACAGAAUCGCUCCAGCAAGCAACGUGUCCCACACUGUGGUUCUGCGGCCUCUCAAAGCUGGAUAUUUCAACUUCACCUCUGCUACCAUCACCUAUCUGGCACAGGAGGGCGGACAGGUCGUGGUGGGUUUCACGAGUGCUCCCGGGCAGGGAGGAAUCCUGGCUCAGCGUGAGUUCGACAGGAGGUUCUCCCCUCACUUUCUGGACUGGGCGGCCUUUGGUGUGAUGACUUUGCCGUCCAUUGGGAUCCCGCUGCUGCUGUGGUACUCGAGCAAGAGAAAAUACGACACCCCCAAGACCAAAAAGAACUGAGAGUGGCCCCGUGGGCCCGCCCCCUCCCCCCAGAACUCAGGAGAGAGCAGACAGAGCAGCACAGAACAGCACAGAACAGCAGGUGUGUUCAGAUCAGCAGCAGCAGCUCCUGCGGAGAGCUGCAUUUCAGCGCUGUUGGUGAGAGGGAGUCCCUGCUGGGCAUUUUCUCACCCUUAUUGCAGUGCAGAGUUGCUGGUUUGGUUGUUUUUUUUAUGUUGCUCUGGUGAGGGUUGAGGUGUGUGGAGGUACAGAGGAUUUUGUAAUAAACGCCGUGAAAGAA